UUGACACUUGACAAUUUGACUGUGACAGUAGAAGUUAAUAUAUAAAGGUUAUUAGUUGUAAAUAAUUUUUUAAAUAAUCUAUCUACAAUAGUGUCUGUUUUGUCCUUGUCUGGUCCAAGUGUUCUCUUAAUAAAUGAUAAAAUAAUAGUAAUUACAUAAUUUACGGAAUCAAUUAAAAUCAUUGUUAUAAAAUUCAGUACAUAACUAAGUUUCAAAGUUUUAAAACAUGUCUAAAGUUUACCGAGUCAAUACUGUGAAUCUUUUGAGUAAACGAGAAAUGCCUAUGAUAGGCUUUGGCACCUAUGCAAGAAAAGCUGAACCUGGCCAGUAUAGACAGGCGGUAGAAUGGGCCAUAGAGAUUGGAUACCGGCACAUAGACACAGCAUCUUCUUAUAAUAAUGAAGUAGAAGUGGGCCAAGGAAUUAACAAUAAAAUUAAAGAAGGUCUUGUAACUAGAGAUCAACUCUUUGUUACAACUAAGCUUUGGAAUGAUCGCCAUGCUGAAACAGAGGUGGUUGCAUCAUUGAAGGAGUCACUGGCUAGGUUGAACCUAGACUAUGUUGAUUUAUACCUAGUGCACUGGCCAGUCUCAACAAAUAGUAAAGGUGAAGAUACAGAAAUAGAUUAUAUGGAGACCUGGAGAGGUAUGGAAAAAUGUGUGGAGUUGGGAUUGACCAAGGGUAUUGGGGUAUCCAACUUCAAUGAAGAUCAACUUAUAAGAUUGUAUGAGAAUGCUACAAUUCCACCUGAUGUCAAUCAAAUUGAGAUAAACCCAACAUUUGUGCAGCACAAAAUGGUGGAUCUUUGCAAGCAAAUGUCGGUGAUACCAGUUGCAUACACACCUCUAGGUCUCAUAUCUGAAGCUCGACCGGAGUUCAUUGGCAAGGAUGUAAUCAAAACUGAUCCUGGACUUGGUGCACUAGCUCAGAAAUACGAAAAGACACGCGCCCAAAUUGCUUUGAGAUAUUUGAUACAACGCGGGAUUCCAGUUAUACCGAAGUCUUUCACAAAAUCUAGAAUUGAAGAAAACUUAAACAUAUUUGAUUUCGAAUUAACAACAGGCGAGAUGGCUUUGGUAGAGAAUUUCAAUAUCAAUCAUAGAUGUGUCCCGGCCAAUGGCUUCAAGGGACUGAAGAAUUAUCCAUUUUAAUAUGAAUGUAAUGGUUUUGUAGAGACCAGUGUAUAGUUUUAAGUUUUAUUAUGGGGUUUCUUUUAGCUAAUAAGCAGGGUUUUUAUGCAGUGCUGGUUCUAUUAAAAUG